AACUAUUUUAACGCAAUGAAAUUUGGUAAUGCUCCAUUAACUUUGACGAAUCUAAGAAACCAACACACACAUCCAAAUGACGUUCAUCAAUCUCUCGUUGCAUGUAACCUUAAAAAGAGGUUCGGUGAUGUUUUCUGCCACAGUGAUGAUGUCUCCAAAUGCCUGCAGAGAGUCAUCCUCCUGCCCCAUCGCAAGCAAUCUCCAGACAAAGGAAUACCAAACUUGCAUCAUGGUCUAAUUCUCGACAAGAGAUCUCUCUCUCUCUCUCUCUCUCUCUUCUUUUUCUUUAGCCACUCUCCCUUUCUCUUUCCCUUUCUUUUUUAGUAUCCUUGCCUGCAAUCUCCAGACAUUCUUAACUGUGUUGUUGUCUGUCCUCUCGCUUCUCAUACAUCCCACAAAAGCCAGCUUGGACUCGUCAAUGGCCACCGCCACCACCACCACCACCACCCUCAUCAUCAUCACCCAUUGCUCGCAGCUCCUCUCUCUUUUCCUCAGGGCAAGCCUAGAUUCUUGAGCUCCCCGCAACCCCAUCCACCUCGGUCCACUCGCUGCCUUGUUUCUAGCUACCACGCUUUCCUUUACAAAAGCAGCCAAAGGAAGAAUAUUAUUCCUUAAUUGAACUCUCGGAAUCACUUCAGCCCCCUUUGGCAUCUUUUGCUGCCUUCACUAUAUAACCCACCCGGCAUUCUCCUUCCAGACUUAUCGAUUCCCUCUGCUUUCAUGUGCCUGCUUCCUUCUCCCACACUCUCCCAGAAUCACAGUGCAACCCUGGAGUCUUCUUCUUCUUCAUGGAGACUAUUGAGCUGAAGGUGGACAUGGUGGCAUUGCAUGAGAAGAGAUUGAGGAAAUGCCUAUCCAAAGUCAAAGGGAUAGAGAGGGUUGAGGUGGAGGCCAGCAUCGAGAAGGUGGUGAUCACCGGGUAUGCAAACAGGAAUAAGGUCGUGAAGGCCCUCAGGAGAGUGGGGCUGCGUGCUGAGUUCUGGUCUGCGCAUAAUGAGAUACUCAGCACCUAUGCCACUGGAAGCGUCAUGUUCAACACCUACAGUUUCUUUUAGGGAGCCGCAAUGCAUACACAUCCUAACAACACUAUCAUAUCUUUGUUCAUUUGUUUCUUCUGCCUUUUCCUUUGUUUGAGAGGGGACCGGUGGCCAUGUUUUACUGCCACAAGCUCUGAGAAGAGUUAUCUGUGUUCAUCCUAAUAACCCCCCUGUGUUUUCUGUAACUAAGAGGUGGUAAACCAGAUGGUUGAAUUCAGUAGGGAUCUCUGCUCACGGAAUGAUCACAGGAUGAGGAUGGUAUAGCCAUAGAUGAUGUGUGGUGAGGUUCUGCAUGCACACGCAAGGUUUUCUAGGUUACACAAGUCGUCUUCUUCGAGAAACAAUAGGCUGCACACCCAACGUUUUAUGUCAAUGAGCUGGUGGUUUAGUGCACAAGGAAGACGAACCUGCAUAAAGGUGUUAAUGGCGACAUUAAAUGUUAAACUGGAGUGCUACAUCAAGGUUCAAUUCAAACAUAAUUCAAAUAUUAAACUUAUAGUUCUAAUUUGAUCCAAAACAGUAAAUGAAUAAGUGAUUCAACAUAGUUAGGUUCAAAUUAAUAGUAAUAGACCCAUCUAGACCUUGUAAACUCAUAUCUGAUGCCGAGUAAACUGAAGUAUUAUAGCAACUCAAAGCAAUAGGAUGGAUACCAUUGGCUGAAAAAC